AAUAGCAAAUGCUUUAUUGUCACUAUGUUUGAGGAGUAACAAACAUCAAGAACAUUUGAUCAAAUGUUCUAAAGAUACAAUCACUACAAAUAAAACUCAGAAUUGACAUGAGUAAGUAACCUUUCAGAUCUAAUUAUAAAAUGUUAAGGUGUUUAAAGACAUGACAAAUUAAUUACACAUUCUGGAGAGGGAAAGAACAAUAAAAACUCCACUUUUGAAAAUGUUCAUGUAGAAAUAACUAGUAUCUCCCAACACCCUUUUCAAAUGCAUCUUUUGGACCCUUUGAGGUUCUUUACAAUUUGAUUUUGUUGUUAAUCCAAAUAAGCAGUGUUCAUUACAUGGACCAGAACAAUCAUUACAAAAGAUUAAACUACAAUGCCCAUUUACAUUGAAAAAACAAAAAAAAAUCUAACCAAAGGUUUUCCAGUGCAAAAAUCUUUCUACAUGUCAGAUCAGACACAAGUUAGAUAUAAGCAACUUUUCAUCAAGAUAUCAGCUUGUUUUAAGUCAUUUUUUUCUUAAUAUUGAUGCAGAAGGACUUUCUACAUUGUCAGAUUAUUUCACUUAUAACAAGGGAAAGAUGUCCAGUUAUAAGUCAAAUUAAUAUGCCAAUGUCACUAUUAUUUUUUUAACAAUACUAAAUAAUUAGACUUAAAACAAGCUCAUAUCUUGAUGAACAGUUACAUGUAAGUUAGUUUUAUCUUUAGUGUACUAAGAUAUUUGCACUAGAAAGUAUUCUAAAAAUACUUAAUAAGACCUUUUGUUUUUGCAGUGUGGCUCAAACAUCCACUUUUCACAGAUAUGGGAAGUGCAGAAGCCCCUACUGUAUCAAAUCGAUAUAGGAAUAACAGAGGGAUAUUGGCCACUUUAAAGUAAAAACAACAAACAGCUUCCAGUCCAGGGAGGAACGAUGGACGGCGAUGGCCCCAAAUUGCCCCAAAUGGCCCCCAGUGCCGGGUUUUAUUGAAAACGUAAAAAUAGCAAAUUAUUUCCAAUCUUUUGAUGAAAAAUCAAUAUCGCCAGGUGGCGGUAAUGAGCCGUUGUCUUGGUUACCAUCCGCUACAAAACACGAGGAAGAAGAAAAAGAAGAAGAAGAACAACAACAAGAAGAAGAAGUGGCCGGUCUGCAGCUGCUAAGAGACGGGACCAGUCGAACCGGUACCUGGAUGACGUCAGCAGGGGACCCGCAGGGCCGCGAGCAGGACUAAAGGCGCCAGCGAUGCUGCAGCUCCCCCUGGUGGUGACGGCCCGGCUGGACCUGGUUCUGGUUCUGGUGACUCUGUUGUCUCUGUGGACUCGGCUGAGCGGGCUGGGUUACCCCGGCGCCGUGGUGUUCGAUGAGGUCUACUACGGCCAGUUCCUUUCUCUCUACAUGAAGAGAACGUUCUUCAUCGACGACAGCGGCCCGCCGCUAGGCCACGCCCUCCUGGCUCUGGGAGCUUACCUGGGCGGCUUCGACGGGAACUUUGUCUGGAACCGAAUUGGAGCAGCGUAUCCCUGCAGCCUCAGCGUGUGGAGCCUGCGGCUGCUGCCGGCUCUGGGUGGAGCGCUCUGCGUCCCGCUGGCUUACCUGCUGACUCUGGAGCUCAGGUGUUCUCACCUGUCGGCCCUGGGAGCCGCUCUGCUGCUGCUGCUGGAGAACUCUCUGAUCGUCCAAUCACGCUUCAUGUUGCUGGAGUCGUUGCUCAUUUUCUUCGUCUUGCUGGCGUUCUUCUCAUACCUCCGCUUCCACAACGCUCCCAGUAGGUGCUGGUCCAGGUACGGCUGGCUCCUCCUCUCAGGUGUGUCGUGUGCGGCUGCUGUCGGGGUGAAGUACACGGGCCUGUUCUCCUACCUGCUGCUGUUGGGCGUGGCGUCGCUGAACAGCUGGAAGCUAAUCGGAGACCGGGCCCAGAGUCAUAUGAGUGUGUGUGUUCAGUGUGGUUGGAAGGUUCUGUGCCUGUUGGUGGUUCCGGUUCUGCUCUACGUGUUCUGGUUCUACGUCCACCUGAGCGUCCUCCAGCGCAGCGGACCACAUGACCAGCUGAUGAGCUCCGCCUUUCAGGCCAGCCUGCAGGGCGGUCUCUCCAGGGUCACGCGGGGUCAGCCCCUGCAGGUGGCGUUCGGUAGUCAGGUGACCUUACGAAGCUCCGCCCCUCGGCCCGUCCCCUGCUGGCUCCACUCACACAAAGCCAACUAUCCAAUCAGGUAUGAAAAUGGGCGGGGCAGCUCCCACCAGCAGCAGGUGAUCUGCUACGCCUUCAAGGACGUCAACAACUGGUGGAUCAUCAAGGACCCGGCCAGGCAGGAGCUGGUGGUGGACUCUCCGCCCCGACCGGUGCGACACGGUGACAUCAUCCAGCUGGUUCAUGGGAUGACAUCACGCCUCCUCAACAGCCAUGAUGUCGCAGCGCCCAUGAGUCCGCACGCGCAGGAGGUUUCCGGAUACAUAGACUUCAACGUUUCCAUGGCAACUCAGAACCUGUGGAGGCUGGAGAUUUACAACAGGGAGGCGGAGUCAGAGGAGUGGAAGACGAUCGUUUCUGAGGUCCGAUUGGUCCACGUCAACACUUCAGCUGUCCUCAAGCUGAGCGGCCUGCCUCUCCCAGACUGGGGUUUCCGUCAGAUGGAGGUCGUGGCGGAGAAGCUGCUGAAGGCUCACAGCGGCAGCCUGGGCUGGACGGUGGAGGAGCACCGAUACGGAACCAGUCAGGAGCAGAAGGAGCGGGAGGCGGAGCUUCACUCUCCGACACACAUCGAUGUCGACAGAAAAAUCUCUUUCUGGUCCAAAUUCACGGAGCUCCAGUGGAAGAUGCUGACCGUGAAACAGGAAGAGUCUGAACACAAGUACAGCUCCGCCCCUUUAGAGUGGAUCACCAUGGAAACCAACAUCGCCUACUGGCUGCACCCGUCGUCCAAUGCUCAGAUCCAUCUGAUUGGUAACCUGGUGUCAUGGGGCGUGGCCAACCUCAGCCUGCUGGCCUAUCAGCUGCUGGCGGCGCUGUACCUGCUGAGGAGGAGGCGGGGCUUCAAAGACCUACCUGAUGGUGCGUGGCAGCGGUUUGCGUCUGUGGGCCUGCUCUGCGGCGGCGGCUGGGCGGUGAACUUCCUGCCCUUCCUGCUGAUGGAGCGGACUCUCUUCCUGUACCACUACCUGCCCGCCCUCUGCUACCUCUACCUGCUGAGCCCCGCCCUGCUGGAGCACAUACACACUCACCUGCUCAGCAGCGGGACGUCCCGCCACGUGCUGAGCGUCUGCACGGCGGCUGUCCUGCUGUCCAUCUUCCUGUCCUACUGGACCUUCUGUCCUUUGACCUACGGAAACCCUGAGCUGACAGCCAAUCAGCUGCAGGCGCUGAAGUGGAGAGACAGCUGGGACAUCCUGUACCGCCGCCGCUGAGGGACACUGAGAGACACAGAGACUGGUCUUUACGAGCCAAACCUGAAUGUACCAUCAGCUUUAGUCAUGUGACCUGAUGAUGUAACAGUGAUUGCUGAUAAAACAGUAAGAGCUGUGCAUUAAAACAGUGUGCUUUUAUUUUGAAAGAGA